GCCUGUACCUGGUCUUUGACCAGGUGGGAAAAUCUUUUCUAAACUACAAACCUGGAAAAAACUGGUGCACUAAAUGCAAAGUCGAGGCGGACAGAAAAUUCAGGGAGCACGGAAAAUACAUACCGCGGAAAAGAAAGAACUGCAACAAGCAGAAGGUAGCACAAUUUUUAACUCUUAUUUCUGUUAGCUCUCGUUGUAAAGGCUAAAACAUAAGCAAAUAUAUAAAUAACGAGGGAAAUGUCAUUUAUAGGAUGCCGAUGACUCACGAAAAGAACAAUGUCAUUUUGACCGCCUUUUAGUCGCUCCAAUGCUCGUACAUGCGCAGACGUUUGACCGCUGUGUUGCUCCCAGAGCUCUCGUUUUCCGACCGCUGGUCAAGGGGAACGAAGACUCUGGGAACGAGAUUGGGAUUCACCGAACUGGAAAGAAGCCGCAGCUUCGGAAAAACAGUUUUAGAGUGCUAAGCUUAGUCCGGAGCCUAUUCCUUUGCGUACAAAGAGAAAGCGCUUCACACGGCAAAUUACCUUUGUGUUAAACGAGAUUCUGAUAUCAAGUUACGAUCUUCAAGCGGAAAAGCUAUCGGAGACAAACUGCUGUUUUUUAUCCAGACAAAGACCGCCUGCAAUGGAGUCCAGAAACACAACUGGAAAAGGUAACAGUAAAGUGACACAAUCGGGCAAUCCAUGCCCAUGUCACACAAGGUGUUGUCUACCAGUGCGUUACAUGAUUGGUCUGUUUCUUAUGUUGGGAUUCGCGAAUGUGUAUGCCAUGCGUGUAAAUCUCAGCGUGGCUCUUGCAGUGAUGGUGGCUAAUCAUUCUGUCAUCAGCGAUGGAAAAAAAGUACAGGAAUCUGCAGAGUUCUCUUGGAGCACUACAACACAAGGAUUCAUUCUUAGUGCAUUCUACUAUGGAUAUUUACUCACGCAUUUGCCAGGGGGAUAUUUGGCGCGAAAACUUGGCGGCGCCACAGUGAUAGGUGUGGCGGUAGGCGCCACGGGAGCCCUGACUCUUUUCACUCCCUUAGCUGCAAGAAUGCACGUGGGAACGUUAAUUGCUUUGAGAGUUGCCAUGGGCCUAGCAGAGGGAUCAGUAUUUCCAGCUGGACACGCGCUAUGGAGUAAAUGGGCUCCUCCUUUAGAGAGGAGCAAACUUGGAACAUUUAACCCCUCAGGAGCAGUAGCAGGAAUUAUUAUUUCUAUGUUCCUGUCUGGAUACCUUGCGGACCACUAUGGUUGGCCUUGUAUAUUUUACGUUUUUGGUACCAGUGGGAUCAUCUGGUCUCUUACAUGGCUUUUAAUGGUCAGGAAUUCACCUUCAGAGCAACCAUGGAUCUCGAAGGAAGAAGUAGAGUACAUAGAGCUUAGCUUAGCAGGUGAUUUACAGAGAAAGGAUGUUCCAAUUCCAUGGAAAUCAAUCUUGAAUUCUCUUCCAGUGUGGGCAAUCGUUGUGGCGCAUUUUUCGCAAGCGUGGGGAGCAUACACCAUGAUUUCAGAGCUUCCUUUAUUUUUUACUCAACUUUUUGAUUUUGGUCUCGAAAAGGUAAGAUGGAGUAAAUCAGUAAAAAAAAUAAUAAAACCUUGUGAUGUUCCAAUUCCAUGGAAAUCAAUCUUGAAUUCUCUUCCAGUGUGGGCAAUCGUUGUGGCGCAUUUUUCGCAAGCGUGGGGAGCAUACACCAUGAUUUCAGAGCUUCCUUUAUUUUUUACUCAACUUUUUGAUUUUGGUCUCGAAAAGACAUCUAUUGCAUCCUCUAUACCUUAUGUGGUGACGUUCUUUGUAACGUUGCUUUCUGGAAUAGUAGCGGACUAUCUUCGCAAGCAUUAUCUUACAACAGGAACAAACAAAUCGACUGGUAGAUUGCUACUCAGUUUUCUUAGGGAUGUUACUCCCGGCCGAGGCAGAUUACACAUAGAAUGCCCGAUUUCCCGCAGAAAUCGGCGGUACUCAUUCAGUUUAGUCUCUGAUGUGGAGAGCGACGGACAAAGUAAAAAAAAAAAUUUCUUGCCAAAGAUUAAACAGUGUGCACGUGAUCCCAAGCUGGGCUCGAACCAGGACCGCUUGAUCCGGAAUCCAAAGGUCAGAUCCCACGCUGAAUUAGUUCAAUGUUUUGUUCGUUUCUGUUUUACUUUAGGUUCUGUUGUUCCGGCUCUCCUCCUCGUAGCAUUAAGCUAUUCAUUUAACUCUGACCUUGUUGUGGUACUUCUCACUCUGGGAGUGGGACUUCAAGGAUUAACAGUCAGCGGCUUCGCUGUCAAUCAUCUUGAUAUAGCUCCGUCUUUCGCCAGUGUCUUGCUUGGAAUAACAGACACUGCAGCAACAACAGCGGGAAUUUUGACGCCUACCCUGACGGGAGUUAUCGUCCAACGUCAUACUGCCUUAGAAUGGAGGGUCGUCUUCUUCAUAACCGGAGCGGUUUAUCUUCUUGGCUCCAUAUUCUAUGUACUGUUUUCCUCAGGAGAAAAACAAUCAUGGGCUGUGAACAAUGAAUAUGAUAAGUUGUCUGAGAAGGACUCAGACAUUGACGAAAUGGCCGAGAUGGGCUACUGAUGGCAUCGACAAAGUCAGGUUACACAAACUGAAAAAGAAGUUGACGUUUUAAGGAAGAUUGACAAUAUGUCCUAUCACAAGCUUAUACAGGAACCUAUUGCCGUUGAUCCUACGGAACCACACAGUUAGAAAAGACUGGGAACUAGCUCGGCGCGUUGGCAUGUUUGCGAUCUUUUGGGUCAGCGCAUAAAUAGAUAGCGAUUCUAAGCUAGACUGUUUCUCCAGUCGUAGUGUGAAAACCAGUAUAUCUGUUGCACAAAUCGCUGAUUGAUUGACAACAAUCAAAGCUUAGGAACCCGGAACCAAAGCAAUACCAGAAGCCAUUGCACCACUGGCUUCGGCGUGAUUAUCCCAGAAGCCCUUGCGCCAUGGAGCUUCUUGAACCGCCUUGCCGCAGUGCGUUCAAGAGAUAGUCAGUGCCCGAGUAUGAGUAUACUACAACCUUUUAACAAAAUAAGAAUUUUAAAACAACAUAAUAAUAACAGAAUAAACAGACGAUGAAAUACAAAGUGAGCUCCAAGUAUUUCUUCUCUGUUCCUCACAUUCUCGUUGAAGCCCUGUUUUAACACGAGACAAUUAAAAUUGUCUCUUUGGCGUGCAAAGCCGUCACGCAUCAAGAAGUAAGCUGGCGUGACAAUUCUUAAUAAAGUAAAUUGAUACAUAUUUGCGGAUAAAUCACACCCGGGACAUGUCAGGGCAAAGAUAAAAGCAAGUUGCAGAAGCUAUACAUUAUUCAUUUUUGGUGCAAUUUCAGCUUUUUGAAAAACUUACAAGUGCAAAUUAAUUCCA